GGCAUAGUGGUUGCUCAUUUUGUCCCUUAACCAAUUGGUCGGGGGUUCGAUCCUCAACCUUUGGGAAUGGAAAGUGAUUUUUGCCCAGCCUUUUACCCUUAAGUGGAGCACCCGGGGAGAGGGGGUUAGUCAUUGCUAUCAGCGAUGGAUAUCCUGGUUGUUAAAAAAAAAGUAUAAACAUAUGAAUGACUUAAGGUUCUUGAAGACACUUUACAAUUAUUAGCCCAAUUAGUAUAAAAAGAAUAUGCACACAUGACGCCUCACAUAUUGGUAUAAAAUCAAAGACAAUAGUGCCAGUUGAGAAAUGAUAAAACACUAGUGACUAGUGGUUCCAUAACCUCUAGCAGGGGCUAAGUAGCAAAAAUAUAAAGUUGGCGGGUUUGGAAGCAAAGGAAAAAGCUAUCAUCAAAAGUGUGAAACCGACAUGAGGCAUAGUACUGCAAAAAGUUAAUAAAAAGACUAUUAUUCGUUAGGUUGCUGAUCAAAAUAAACUUGUUGUUGUACGGAUGGUACGUGUUGAAGUAGAAGUGAAAAGAUUAUGUAUGAAAAGUUAAAAGGUGUAUUAUUAAAAUUGAAAAUGAAGAACAUAGUUGUUGUGUAACAUCUUCAUAAACCCUAGACAAGAAAAUUAUUCCAUUACAAUACGCCACGUGGGAAGCACGAGAGAAAAAUGGCGAAAAUGACGAAAUUUCGACCUUCACAACGCCACUGAAGAAUGGUUAUGAGGUAAGUUUUAAAGUAGUUAAAUAUGAUUAGGUGGUAUUUAAUGAAAAUAAUAAUAUUUAUGAGUUUUUUGUGGUGUUCAGUUGAAUUAAAUGUAUUUAUGCAAUAAAUGAGAUGUAUGAUUGUCAGAGUGAUGAUGCAUUUAAUUUGAAUGUUUUGUAGCAAAGGAAAUAAAAGCGAAAAUGGGCAUAAAUGAGAACAGAAUUUGUACAUAAUUUGUAAAGUUUGGGAAAUGUUGUUUGUGCAAUUAAUGUCAUGUAUUAAAGGAAAGAAAAUCGUGUAAUUGUUUUUUUGAGAACAGUAGGAAUACUAUUUGUGCAAUUAAUAUAGAAUUGUUUGUGCGUAUAAUAACAAGUAACUAUAUGUCAGAAUUUGGAAACUGGAAUAGUGAUCGGUGUAGAAAUCAGUAAUUAGGUAGUUAGUAUUCGAAAAAUAUUUUUAUUUGAAUUGCAGUAUAGACGCGAAGAAACGUUGAAUAUUGACUUGAACGAGGUAUUUUAUGAAGAUUUAAAUGAGAAUGUUGUUGUGGACUUAGAUUCGGGGAGUUAUGAAUCAAGUACUAAAGGAGUUGUACCAAGAGUCGGAAUGGUGUUUGGUUCUUGGGAAGAAGUGGAUGAAUGCUUUGUUAAGUAUGGUAAACAGGAAGGUUUUGGUGUAUUUAGGGAAGCAUGUACUAAAAGUAGAAAGCAUACCAAAGACACAUCUAAUGGAUGGCGGAAUUAUACAUGGAAGUGUGAAUGUGCGGGCUAAUCGAACAAUCGACGAACAAUUGAUGGAAAGAGGGUAUGUGUUGGUAGCAAAGGGGUUAUAGUCUCUAGUAGGAAGACAAAGAAAUGUUAGUGCAUAGUGGUAAUGUAUGCAAGUGUGAAUGAAGAUGGUUCAUGGGAAAUUAAGAAACUUAUAUUGAAGCAUGAAAAUCAUAAUCUACUCCUAGCAAGGCAAAGCACAUAAGCAAGGUCCGACAGGUUGAAGUAAGUUGCACAGUUAGGCAGAAGUUGUUUAAUGAUCACGCAGCUGGUGUGAAAAUAUCUUAGAUUCACAAGAGCAUAGAAACAUAUAGGAAUGGGUUGGAGAAUAUGGUGAUCACAGAGAGGGAUUUGCGUAACAUAGUGGCAAAGGAGCAGAGAUUGAAAAUCAAGGGUGGUGAUGCGAAUGCUAUGUUGGCUUAUUUUGAUAAAAUGACCGAUGAUAAUCAAAAGUUCUUUCACAUGCAUCGGUUGGAUGAGGAAGGUCAUAUGAAAGAUGUGUUGUGGGUCGAUGCACGUAGUUGAGCAGCUUACGACUAUUUCAGUGAUGUUGUUUGUUCUGAUGCAACGUACUUAACUAAUGAAUAUGAACUCACUUUUGCAAAUUUUGUAGGGGUAAACCACCAUGGGAAAACCAUUUAACUUGGAUGUGCCUUAGUAUCGCAUGAGGAUGCGGAAACAUAUACUUGGGUGUUUAAUACGUGGUUGAAGUGCAUGUGUGGGAAAGCCCCAAAGUGUUUCCUUACUGAUCAAGAUGCCGCCAUGCGGAAGGCUUUGGGUAAUGUCAUGGUAGGAACUUGUCAUCGUUGGUGUCUGUGGCAUAUAUUUGCAAAGUUCAGUAAGAAGUUAGGUAUAAGGAUGAGGAGCUAGCUCAUGUGGUAGAGACUCCCCUCUGAUCCUUGAGGUCAGGGGUUCGAUCCUUACCCCUAACAUUAUGUUGGGGUAUUUCCUUAGCAUGCUUUGCAUGCUUUACCAGCCAAUGUGCUGGUAGUUCCUACAAGGCUAGUAGCCUUGGUAGGGGUUAGCCCUUGGGCUGACUUAAUUUCCCAAUAAAAAAAAAAAAAAGUAAGAAGUUAGGUAUGUAUAAGUUGUAUAAAGAGUUGAAAGUGGAUCUGCAUGAUGCUACGUAUGACAGUGUAUCGGAAGAAGAAUUUGACCGUAAAUGGUGUGAUGCGAUUGCGAUACAUGGCUCGAAGGUACGCAUUCUCCUACGUUAAAAUUAGUUAAUAAUAAAAUUGAUUUUACUUAUAAGUAUGGUAAUGUAUGUCUAAUAGAAUAAAGUAUUAAUUUGAACGACAUUGCGAAGGCAAGUUUUAAAACUAACGUUUAUACAUUACUGUCAUUGUCAUAUUUUUAUGGCAGAAUGACUUUCUCAUACAAUAAGUAUUAUAGAGAAGCAUGUAUAAGUGAAGAAACACAAGUCAAUGGUAUUCUAAUAUAUGCAGUAAGUGACCAUAUUGGGAUGGCAUAAUAUGUGUUCAAUAAUCAAAAGUAUUUAUUGGCUUGAUGUAUUCAGUAACGACAUUUUGGGAUAAAUUCUUUUAAAUUUGUGACCAUGUUGAAUAUUUGUUGGCUUCAUAGGGUAGUGUAACAUGAAGUUUUGUUAAGAUAUUUGUUGUAGGUCUUUACAAAGAAAGAAGUAUGUGGGCUCCUACAUAUUUGAGACACUUAUUUUGGGCUGGCAUGAAGACCAUGCAACGGUCAGAAAGUAUCAAUAGUUUUUUAAAUGGAUAUGUGCAUAAGAGUACAAAGUUGUGUGACAUUGCAGAAUAAUACUGCAAUGUGAUGGAGAGUAGGGCCAAUUCUGAGAAAGCUGCAGAUGCAAAUAGUUGUCGAUAUGUAAGACAACGUGCUACAAAUUUUGCAGCUAAGGUUGUGUUUCAACGAGCUUAUACCAAUGGUAAGUUCAAAUAAUUUCAAGAUGAGUGUUUAAAGAUGUUAUAUGUACACUGGAAAAAAGUUGAAAAAUAAGACUCUAAUAUUGAGGAGCAUACAUUUGGGGAUAGGAUAUGGGUUGUAAGUAAAGAAACUAAGAAAGAAAUACCUACAUGUAAGAGGAGGAGCUAUCGAGUGAAGAUUGACAUGUCGAGUUUGUUGGCAUGUUGUGAAUGUAAGUUGUUCGAGAGCCAUGGAAUAAUGUGUAGGCACCUAAUUAAUCUGUACGAUAAUUUAAACAUCAAAGAUAUUCCCUAACAAUACAUAUUAGUUCAUUGGCGCAAGGAUGUUAUACGGAAGCAUACUAUGAUUAAAGUUGCAUAUCAUGAUUCGUCGAAGACCGAAGAGGUAGUGGAUUAUGAUAAGAUGAUGGUUAUAUUUGACCCCGUUUGUUUAAAAGCGGCACAUUAUAGGAGUAUUGGUAUUGUUGUAGAAGCACUACAAUUGUUAGACAUUCGUAUUGACGAAGAUUUUGCAAUGAAGAAUACAACCACAACACUGGUGAAUAAUAAAGGGAAGGCCACUAGCACUCCAUCUUCUGUUGGGAACAACAUUGUUGGCCAUGUUACACCCGGUUCUGUUUGCGAAAAUGGUAAGUCACCUGCUGAUGAAGGUACAUUGAUGAAGGUAGUUAGUAGGUCUGUGAAGGACCCUCUGAAGAAGAAACGUAAAGGGUCUCGAUCAGUUCGUUUUCGCUCUUAUGUUGAGAAGGGGAAGACAAAGAAAAACCAGUUAGUGUUGUGUGCUGGCCCGGUUGGUGAUGAUAAUUGCUUAGAAUCAGAUAGUGAUGGUGUUCACGAGCAUUUUGGAGCAGAACCUCAGUUGAACAUUUGGCCUCAAUCUGGUGGGCAACAGUUAUGGAGUUUGUGAUGUUUAUAUGAAACAAGUGGCCUCAAUGAACUAUGGAGUUGUAUUUGGAUAGUCAUUGUGUGAAAGGAACAUGUGUCUUCAAUAUGUUGGGCCCAAUAUCUACUUAAUGGCCAAUUCGCAACUUGUUAAGGAAAAUCGUUUUUGUAAUCGUUUUGGAUAGUCAUUGUGUGAAAGGAACAUGUUUGCAAUUUGCAAUUGGUGUUUCUUUUUGAAUUGUAGUCAUUGUUGGAAAUAU